UUUCAUGCAAAUUAAGCGCACAAAGGUUAUAUGCUGCAUACUAAUCCUAAGCGCAUACCUGUUGCGUAACGCAGCUGAUUUGUAGCACAAGGCAGCAGCAGAGCACGACGCAGCAUAAAAAAAUAACAUACAACAUAUUUCUUGCAUUUUGUCUUGCCGUUUCCGUUAUCCUUUUUUAUUCGUAAACAUGUCAUUCCUGCGCAAAUCCGUUCAACUUUUAACUGCUGCCAGACAAAAUGUGAAAACGCUUGGGGCAGCGAGUGCACACAGAGGCUACAGUUCCAGUGGAAAGUCAGCGGACGAUCGUUACGCAUUUCCAGGCGCUCGUGAUGCGCCAUUUAUUAACAAUUUGAAGCUGACAUUGCCCGAGGACUAUUCACCCAUACCCAUCUACCGGGUAUUGGAUCGCGAUGGCUACAUACUCAAUGAACAGGAGGAUCCACAUCUUAGUCAGGAGGUCGUUGAGAAAAUGUUCCGCGACAUGCUCCUGCUGUCUACAAUGGAUAAAAUACUGUACGAAUCGCAGCGACAGGGCCGCAUCUCCUUCUAUAUGACCAACUUUGGUGAGGAGGCAUCCCAUAUUGGCAGCGCCGCUGCCUUGGAGAUGCGCGACAUCAUCUAUGGCCAAUAUCGGGAGGCGGGUGUCUUGGUCUGGCGCGGUUUUCGCAUUGAUCAAUUCAUCGAUCAGUGCUAUGGCAACGAUGAUGAUCUUGGACGCGGAAAGCAAAUGCCCGUGCAUUAUGGCUCCAAGGAACUGAACUUUGUGACUAUCUCCAGUCCGUUGUCCACGCAAAUACCACAGGCUGUGGGCGCCGCCUACGCUUUGAAGCGUCAGCCCAACAACGAUUCCUGCGUUGUUUGUUACUUCGGUGAGGGCGCUGCUUCUGAGGGCGAUGCACAUGCUGCAUUCAAUUUUGCCGCCACGCUAGAGUGUCCAGUCAUACUGUUCUGCCGCAACAAUGGAUUUGCCAUAUCCACGCCGUCGAACGAACAAUACCGGGGCGAUGGCAUCGCUGGACGUGGUCCCAUGGGCUAUGGCAUUGCUACCAUAAGAGUCGAUGGCACCGAUGUCUUUGCCGUUUAUAAUGCGAUGAAGCGGGCCCGCGAGUACGUGUUGCGAGAGAACAAGCCGAUUGUAUUUGAAGCGCUGGCCUAUCGUGUGGGUCAUCAUUCCACGUCGGACGACAGCACAGCUUACCGUUCGGCGGAGGAAAUCGAAGUGUGGAACACACUGGAGCACCCCAUCUCAAAGCUGAAGAGCUACAUGGUGCACAAGGGCUGGUUCAAUGAGCAGCAGGAAACGGAAUUUGUAAGUGGUGUGCGCAAGCAGGUGCUCAAGCAAAUUGCCAUCUCCGAGAAGAAAUUGAAGCCCAAUUGGCGUGAGAUGUUCGAGGGUGUGUAUGAUGUUAUGCCCGACCAUCUGAAGCAGCAGCAGCGCGAGCUGGAGCAGCACAUCGAGGCGCACAAGCAGCACUAUCCGCUGAAGAGCUUCAAGCAGUAAAAGCAUGGACCAAAAAGCAAACG